AUGUCGGAACCAGCCACCCGCAUUCACGCUAUCGUCAACCGCCUCAUAACGAACCUCAUCAAUAUCCAAGAUACUACUGGCGAGUUUCUCUUGCACCUGCCUGAUUCUCGCAUCAUCGAUACCAAGUCAUGGCAUGGCUGGGAAUGGACACACGGAAUUGGCCUCUAUGGCUUGUGGAAGUAUCACGAACUUACUGGUGAUGAAAGCUACAUCCGAGUCAUUGAAGACUGGUUCACUGCUCGGUUUGCUGAGGGUGGUACCACCAAGAAUAUAAAUACAAUGGCAGCGUUUUUAACUCUGGCGUAUGUCUACGAGAAAACAGGAAAUGUCACGUACCGUCCUUGGUUAGAGGCAUGGGCCGACUGGGCGAUGCAUGAUCUCCCACGCACGCACUACGGUGGCUUUCAACAUGCGACUUACUUGACCGACAAUCAUCAGCAGCUGUGGGAUGAUACGCUGAUGAUGACGGUGCUACCGCUCGCCAAGAUCGGAAAGUUGCUGAACCGUCCAGAGUACAUUGACGAAGCGAAGCGGCAGUUUCUUGUGCAUAUCAAAUACCUUUUUGACACACGAACUGGUCUGUUUUAUCACGGAUGGACCUUCGAAGAUGGCGGGCAUAAUUUCGCUUCUGCUCGCUGGGGGCGCGGGAAUUCCUGGGUGACUAUGGUCAUCCCGGAGUUUAUCGAAUUGUUGGAUUUGCCUUCUACGGAUCCGCUUCGCGUGCAUCUGAUAGACACUCUAUAUGCGCAGUGCAAGGCUCUUGGACGCCUCCAGAACGACUCCGGCUACUGGCAUACACUCCUCGACCAUCCUGACUCAUACAUCGAGGCAUCCGCAACUGCUGGGUUUGCGUACGGGAUUCUCAAGGCUGUACGAAAGAGGUAUCUACCGCCAGCGUACAGGAGCGUAGGCGAGAAGGCGAUCAGCGCUGUACUUGGAGCUGUGGAUGCAAAUGGAGAGUUGCAGAAUACAAGCUUUGGAACAGGAAUGGGCGACUCUCUUGAUUUCUAUAAGGCAAUUCCCCUCACGGCCAUGCCAUAUGGACAGGCAAUGGCUAUUAUGGCACUGGGGGAGUAUCUGAGAACAUAUCUAUAG